AUGGCCGAGCUCGAGUAUAUCACCCUCACGACCAAGCCCAGUGCAAAGAUUAGCUACGCAUUCCAUGGAGCUACCGGAACAUCCAGCCCAGCCCUGAUCGUCUUUCUGAACGGCCUGGGACUCCCACAGGCCGCGUGGGGGCCGACUAUCAAGUUGCUUCAGGAAAAUCACCAGGGAACUGGAUUACCAGCCAUCCUCACCUAUGACCGUUUCGGUCAAGGCCAAACCACCGAUCUGGAUCCUGCCGACGAGGGAGCCGCAGACCCAACUCAUGGCCACGACUGUCUCGAAGCCGUGAGAGAUCUUCACCAGCUUCUUUCCCAAAUCGCCAAGGACAAGCUGGAUGUUUCCGAUCUUAAUAGAUUACCGCUAUUACUGGUCGCGAACUCGAUCGGUUGUGCUCUCGCGCGCUUGUACGCGCAAGAGUACCCCGGUACUGUUGCUGGUCUGUUACUUCUCGACAGUGUUCUGACCAACUCCGACUUUGUGUCUAUCUUCCCUGACCCAGAUGCCGAGGGUUUUGACGCCGAGAGCCUCCCAUCUGAAAUUACACCCGAGGCCUUGCGUGCAGCUCGCGAGCGUACUCGAAGGAUCUUCCACCCCGAUGUAGGCAACAAGGAGGGUCUGAGUCGGAAGAAUUUGGGAACACUUCUACCGGCGAGCGAUGGCCCGGUUCUUCAAGGACCUCGCGGCCAUCCAUUUGUCACUGUGGUUGGCCAUGACUUUGAGACUUUCGCGGAACACUCGGCUCGCAUGGGGCUCCCGCAAGCUCUGUCGUUGACAUAUUCGAACCCGUACUGGCACAAGUACAAUGAGGGAUUGGUGAAGAUCACGGAGCCGGAGAAGGGCAAGGGUCCUCUGCUUGCGCCUGGUGCGGGGCAUUUCAUUCAACAGGAUUCCCCUAGUUUCGUGGCGCAGGAGCUUACUGAGCUUCUUUCAAAGGCUGUGUGA